AUGGCAUCUCAAGCAGCUUAUCAGGUCGAAAAGGCCAUUGGACACGACGACAACGCCGUCACGGCGCAGGAUGUCACAUCUUACCGUGAGACGGGCGAGUCUGGUGAGACCAUGAAGGCUUUGGCAUGGAUUGCCAAGAACAAGGUUCAGAUGGUCGAUGCUCCCAAGCCCAAGAUUAUCGAAGAUCGCGAUGUCAUUCUCAAAGUCACAGGCAGCACCGUCUGCGGCUCAGACUUGCAUCUCCUCCACGGCACAGUCAUCGAGCUUGCCGAGGGCGACAUCCUCGGUCAUGAGUUCUGUGGUGUUGUGGACCAAGUCGGCGCUGGUGCUGGCGCAAGAGGCAUCGAAGUCGGCAAGCGAUACGUCGCUUCAUUCCAAAUUGCCUGUGGAGACUGUUUCUUCUGCAAACAGAAGCUCUCGUCGCAGUGCGAGAAGACGAACUCCAACACGCUUGAGAAGGCCAUGUAUGGUGGACGCACGGCGGGUAUGUUUGGAUACUCGCAUUUCACAGGUGGCUUUGCGGGGGGCCAGGCUGAGUACGUGCGCGUACCCUUGGGUGACGUGAACCUGUUGGAGAUUCCUGAUGAUGUUUCUGAUGAGAAGGGUCUUUUCUUGUCUGAUGUAUUGGCGACAUCUUACAACGCCGUCAAGGAUACAGCAGUCUACCCCAACGACUCAGUUGCCAUCUUUGGUGCCGGUCCUAUCGGUCAAAUGGCUGGUAUCUUUGCCGUGAAGGAGGGUGCAAGCAAGAUCAUCUUUGUCGAUACCGAGCCUCGCCUGACCUUUAUUCGCGAACGUUGGCCCGCCGAGCACAGCGAUAAGCUUGAGCUCGUCGACUAUAAGAAACUGUCGCACGGCGUUACCAACAAGCCCACUGUUGUGAGUCGUCUCAAGGAGCUUACUGACAACCGUGGUCCCGACUGCGCGAUUGAGUGUGCGGCCGGCGAGUAUGCCAAGGGCUGGAUGCACUGGCUCGAGAUGGCUAUUGGUGCUGAAACAGACACAAGCGAAAUCAUCAACGAGAUGAUUGAGGGUGUGCGCAACUAUGGACGCUGUGGUGUCACUGGUGUUUACGUCGGAUACACAAACCACUUCAACAUCGGCUCCCUCAUGGAGCGUGGCAUUCGCCUCAUCGGCAACGGCCAAGCGCCGGUCCACAAGUACUGGCACGAGCUUCUGGAGAUGAUCCAGAAGGGAGAGCUCGACCCCGGCCAGAUGCUCUCCCACCGUGUUAGACUCGAGGACCUGGAUAAGGUGUACUACAAGUUCGAGAAGAGGGAAGAUGGCAUGCAGAAGGUGUUUGUCGAGACCAAGUUCUCUUUCCCUCAGGACCCCAGCACGCCUAGCCUUACCACUUAUUAA